CAAGAACUUCUUAUAUUAAUUCAUGAAUCGUACUCUUCAAACCCUAAGCUAGGGUUUUCUAUCAGGAGUGAUUUCCAGAAGAUAAGAAGGCCUUGAAUCAUGAGUAAGCUUCAGAGUGAGGCUCUUAGGGAAGCCAUUACCCAGAUUUCUGCCGAUUGUAAGGAGAAGAAUCGUAAGUUUACCGAGACAAUCGAGCUCCAGAUUGGACUCAAGAACUACGACCCACAGAAAGACAAGCGUUUCAGUGGCUCGGUUAAGUUGCCACACAUUCCCAGACCUAAAAUGAAGAUUUGCAUGCUUGGAGAUGCCCAGCAUGUUGAAGAGGCCACAAAGAUCGGACUUGAGUCCAUGGAUGUUGAGGCUCUCAAGAAGCUAAACAAGAACAAGAAAUUGGUGAAGAAGCUUGCGAAGAAAUACCAUGCUUUCUUAGCCUCCGAAGCUGUUAUUAAACAGAUUCCCCGUCUUUUGGGCCCCGGUCUCAACAAGGCAGGUAAGUUCCCGACUCUGGUUUCUCACCAAGAAUCUCUGGAAGCAAAGGUGAACGAGACGAAAGCAACAGUCAAGUUCCAAUUGAAGAAGGUUCUUUGCAUGGGUGUUGCUGUAGGAAACCUUUCCAUGGAAGAGAAGCAGAUCUUCCAAAACGUGCAAAUGAGCGUCAACUUCUUAGUUUCCCUUUUGAAGAAGAAUUGGCAGAAUGUGAGGUGCCUAUACCUCAAGAGUACUAUGGGCAAACCUCAACGUGUCUUCUAAUCGAUUAAUUGGAGUUUUGUUUCCUGUUUCACUUGGGGGAAAGGUUGUAAGAGAGCAAAAGUUAGAUUUGAAUAUUGGAAUCUUUACUGUUUUUGUUAUUUUGACAUUGUGAGAAAUGACCUUAUUUAUGGAUUUUGUUUUAUUUUGCAUUCA